AUGGUACCUCUAGUCAAGGUGCCAAAGAUGGAAGGACAGACCCACUUAUCGGCCAUGCAGCUUGUGAAGGGCCUAAAGAAGGGGGAGAGUACAUUCAUAGCCACCAUUGCAAGCUUGGAUGAAUAUAAUUGUGAUAAAGAGGCCUUACCACCUUGCAUAGAGAAGGUGCUUGAAGAAAAUAAGGAUGUGAUGCCAGAAGAAUUGUUGAGACACCUACCUCCGAGGCACAAGUCAGAGAAAAAGCUCACACCAAAGCAAGCUAGGUGGAAAGACUUCUUAGCUGAGUUCGACUAUGAGUUGGAGUACAAGUGCAAUGUUGUGGCUGAUGCCUUGAGCAAAAAGUUCAAGCUUCCUUCCAUCACUACAGAACGUUGCGAUAUUCAAGAUGCAAUCAAGGAUAGCCUGCAACACGACCCAAAAGCAAGGAGACUUAUGCAGCUAGCCGCACAAGGAAAAAUGAGACACUUCUGGAUAGAAUACGGACUACUACUUACCACCGGAUGA